AGCCCAGUCUCGAGCUCAUCAUGGUUGCCAAGAUCGCUGUCAUCUACUACUCGACCUACGGUCACGUCCGCACCCUCGCCGAGGCCAUGGCCGAGGAGGCUCGCACCCAUGGCGCCGAGGUCGACCUCCUCCAGAUUCCCGAGAUCCUGAGCGACGAGAUCCGCGGCAAGAUGCACGCCGCCCCUCGCGCCGACCACCCCGAGAUCAAGCCGCAGGACCUCACCAAGUACUCGGGCUUCCUGUUCGGCUUCCCCACGCGCUACGGCCGUGCGCCCGCCGCGGUGUCGGCUUUCUUCGACGCGACCGGCGGCCUCUGGGCGUCGGGCGCCCUCGUCGGGAAGCUCGGCGGCAUUUUCACGUCGACCGCCUCGCAGCAUGGUGGACAAGAAUCGACGGCGCUUACCACCAUUCCGUUCAUGGCGCAUCAUGGCAUCAUCUACGUCCCGAUCGGCUUUGCCGCCCCCGAGCUCUCGGACAACGGCGAGAUCGUCGGCGGCUCGGCGUACGGCGCCGCAGGCAUCGCCGGCGGCGACGGCUCGCGCGCCAUCUCGGCCAAGGAGCUCAACGUCGCCCGUUACCAGGCCAAGUUCUUCACGCAGACGGUCGCGACGUUUGAGGCUGGUAAGGAGAAGACUGCGUAAGCUUCCGUCCCACUGCCUCUACGAGAAGCCGUUCCCCCUCGAGCAGUUCCGAGGCGAGGAGGAGCAGCGGCUGGAAUGGAAAUGGGCUGGUUGAUCUCGAGGGCAUUGGCGAGGGCGACGAGGACGGGGUAGCGAGCACGUGCAACUGUCGAACGCCCCGUCUCGCGUUGUC